GUACAAUGAUGAACCGCUGUGGUCUGCUAACUGUCCAGAAGAUACCAGUUCCUCUGAAGAGCAUUGAGGUGGAGCUGGAGGUGAGGGACCAUGUGGCUACAGUGGUCUCCACUCUGAACUACGAGAACAAGGAGGACAAACCAUUAGAGGCUGUUUUUGUCUUCCCUCUGCCUGGAGAUGCUGCUGUCUGUCAUUUCAGUGCUCAGAUUGGACAGACACAGAUUGUAGCUGAGGUGAAGGAGAAACAGGAGGCUCGUGAGGAGUAUGAUGAUGCUCUGAGCUCCGGUCAGCAGGCCUUCCUAUUGGAGGAGAGUGAUGAGAGUCCAGAUAUAUUCUCUCUGAGUGUGGGCAGUCUGCCUCCAGGAGAGAGCGCCUCCAUCAGGUUGGAGUACGUCACUGAGCUGGCUGUGCAGGCUGAUGAUGGUCUGAGGUUCUGUCUGCCUGCUGUGCUCAACCCUCGAUACCAACCUCAGGGUAGUGAAGGUGCAGGUGUCCAGGUGACUUCUGUUCCUGCCUCUCUGGUGCCCUACAGUCUGUCUUUCUCUGCCCGAGUGUCCUCUCCUCGUCCAAUCUCUAAAGUAGAGUCCAACUGUUCCCUGGACCCUCUGCAGUACCUCAACACUGAUCAAACCCAGGCCACGGUCAAGCUGGCUGCAGGACACAAGUUUGACAGAGAUGUUGAACUGCUGAUUUAUUACAAAGACGCCCACCAGCCCACUGCUGUGGUGGAGGCAGGACAGGCCUCUGCUGAGCCGGGCUCUCUGAUGGGUGAUCCAGUGGUGAUGGUGAGUCUGUACCCUGAGUUUCCCCAGUCUGUGAUGUCUUCAACGGCUUCAUGUGGAGAGUUUGUGUUCGUAGUGGAUCGAUCUGGAAGUAUGGACUGUGCUACCAAUUACAGUGAGCAGCAGGAAUCUCGGAUGAGCAGUGCCAGGGAUACUCUGCUGCUCCUGUUGAAGAGCUUACCAAUGGGCUGCUAUUUCAACAUUUACAGUUUCGGGUCCAGAUAUGAACACAUCUUCCUUAAGAGUGUGGAGUACAGCCAGCAGACCAUGGAGGAGGCUCUGAAGAAGGUUGGGCAGAUGGAGGCUAAUCUUGGUGGAACAGAGAUCCUGCAGCCCCUCAAACAUAUUUAUAGCCAGCCCUGCUUUCCCAAUCAGCCCAGACAGCUUUUUGUCUUUACUGAUGGAGAGGUGGGGAACACCAAAGAAGUGAUCGAUCUGGUGAAGAAGAAUUCAGGUUCUCACAGGUGUUUCUCUUUUGGGAUUGGGGAAGGGGCCAGCUCUCCCCUCAUUAAUGGGAUGGCCAAGGAAGGAGGUCAUGCUCAGUUCAUCACAGGGACUGACAGGAUGCAACCAAAAGUGAUGCAGUCGCUGCGAUUUGCUCUGCAGCCGGCUGUGGUCGACAUCUCAGUCACAUGGGAUUUACCAAAGGAAGUGUCUGUCACUGUCCUCUCUCCACCAAUCACAACACUUUUCCAGGGUCAGAGGUCACUGAUUUAUGCCCAGCUCACUGGACAGAGCUCAGAGGCAGCAGAGGGCUGUGUGACGCUGAAGUACAGCCUGGCAGGUCAUCCCUCUGAGAACCAGCUGCACUUCAGUCUCAGACCUGCAGAGGACACUGGACUAACAGUCCACAGGUUGAGUGCUCGGACUCUCAUUCGCUCCCUGGAGAUGGAGGAGAGAGAUCGCAGAGGACAGCAAGAUGGAGGCGUGAAGGAGAAGGUGGUGCAGCUCAGUGUCCAAUCAGGAGUGAGCAGUUCGUUCACUGCUUUUAUUGCUGUCAACAAAGGCAACAGCGAAGUGAUUCAAGGACCUCUUGUGCACAGAAAUAUUUCAACAGCCCGUGCUUACACAAUUUUAAAUGGUUCAAGACAACGUACGAUCCCAAGUUUGGCUCCACUUGGGUGUGCAUUACGUGGUGCUCCAAGUAAGUGUAAAUCCAAGGGAUUCUUCAUGAAGAAAGAAAAACAAAAGGUAAUGGAAAAUGCAGACCCAAGAAGAAUGAUGCCAGACAAAGCACGAAGGAAAUCUGCUGUGCCUGAGCAGCCACCCAGAGACCCUUUGCUGCAGUUAGUCUCCCUGCAGGAGGCGUCUGGCUGCUGGCUGCUUGAUCCAGCUCUGACUGCUGCACUGGGAAAGACCAACGAGGAGGUGGAAAAGUCAAAGCCUGAAAAGGCCAGCAGUGAAGUGUGGGCCACCAUUCUGGCUCUGAUCUGGCUUCAUGGUUUCAAGAUGGAUGCAAAGGACGAGUGGGAGCUUCUGGCUAUGAAGGCUGCCUCAUGGCUUCGUGCUCAGAAUGCACCGUGUGUGUCAGAGUGUGUGGAUGCUGGAAAUGUCCUGCUGGGUUGCAGCGUGAAGAAAGAAGCUCUGGGACUCUGAGGGAUUUCUUAAAGUAGCUUCAUCUUCAGAGUGAACAGAAGCAGGUCUACUUACUCCACACUGCCUUUGAUACAGAGCUGUUUUAUAUCAUCAACCCCUUUUACAUGUUUAUUUGUUAUGGAAUAAAAAUUGCUAUAUUUUUUGUUGUUAAUUGGUAUUUGAAAUUACGUAAUUUUUGUUUUAUCAUUGUGAAAAAAGUAUGUGCACAAUUAUCUGAAUACUCCUAACACAGUAAAAGAUUGAACCACUGCUGUGGCAGCUCAUUCAGAAAGUGUUUUAAUUCCCUUUCUCUGCCACUAGAUGGCGAUUAUGUUCAUACUUUUACUUCUUUCACACAAACACCAAAACCAAUCUAAGAAGAGUCUUUUCCCUUCCUGUUAUAGUUCUGAAAAUGGCUUCAGUUCAGGACAUUUUCAAAAUGGUCCUCAGUGAAUUGGAGUGAAUAGAGCUAAAAAUUUAAAAUAACUAUUUACAGUGUUUACACCAUCUUCUAAACAAAAACGUCUAUCCUAGCUUUUCUUUUUAAAAAAGUAAUAUUUUUAUGGCCAAAUUGAAAUGAAACUAUACAGAACGUCAUUCUGUUUCUCUCACAGGAGUUACAAUUUUAUCCAUAAAACACUUUCAUUCUGCUAAUUGACACUGAUUGGUCCUUGAACGUCUUAAGACAGCACAUAGUCUUCAUUCAUGUUUGCUUACUUAUGAUUGUAGUUGGAGUUGAAUCUGAAAUUUCAAGAACUUCCUGUUUUGUAAUGACUUUUGUUAUGGAAAACUAGUUUAUCCUCACAUUUAGAUUUGUGUUUAGAAUCUUACUGUAUGAUUCUUGUAUAACCUUUGCCUACUUAAGAUGAAGCAAGUAUGUGUCAGCAUGACCUUGCUUAGCUAUGCCUAACGGCGUUUCACUAUGUUAUCUGCCAACUUUUUUGCUCAGAGGGAUGAAGCUCAGGGCCAGCGCCAGGUGCAGGCCUGGGAAAGAAUUGUGGGAGUCUUCUCUGUUCAGCAACAGCCCAUGUUGGACAAAAGACUAUUGCAACUGAAAAGAUACAGAGUUUGUGCGCUGGUAUAAAAGGGGUGCUGCGACGCCCCGAGGUUAGAACGCUCAUUACUAUGAACCUGUUACAUUUUGAUGUGUAUGUGUGUUCUCGUGUGCGCAGUUAUAAAUAGUUUGACCACA